AUGCCCAUUCCCACACCAUCUUUCCCCGGGAGUAGCAAGUUAAGCUGGAUUGCGCCCUUGCUUGAGACAGAGAGGAAAGGCUCCACGAGUACGACCAGCACCGCCUAUGGGGCGACGGCGGCGGAUUCAAAGCCGGGGCGGGGUUCGUUCUGGAGCAAGGGCGACAUCGACUUCGAUGAGGAUGCCAUCGCCACGCAGGAGUCCGUCUUUGACGAGCCCACGCUGGCGGAGCGGUAUAAGCCCAGUCCGGAAUGGGAAAACAUCCACCGCUUCGAUCCUUCUGCCCGGUGGACCUGGAAAGAGGAGACGGCGGUGAUUAGGAAAAUUGACCGGCGCAUCAUGGCGUUUGCCUGCAUCGCCUUUAUGGCUCUCCAGCUUGACCGCGCCAACCUGUCGCAGGCGCUUUCAGAUAACUUUCUUGACGAUCUUGGCCUCACGACUGAUGAGGUCAUCAUGGUGAACCGCGUACUUCGAGACGACCCGAGUAAAGGGGAUAUGCACAACAGGCAACCUAUCACAUGGAAGCUGUUCCGCCAGAGUCUUUUGGAUUACGACCUCUGGCCGCUGUACAUUGUGGGCAUCUUGUGGUCGCUGCCCGUCAUCCCGGCCCAACAGUACUUCACGUUGCUGCUCCGAGACCAAGGCUUCAGCACUAGUGUCACGAACCUACUCACGAUACCGGCCAUGCUACUGUCCAUGUUCAGCGUCAUGCUCAUCACCCACAUCUCGGAACUAUACAACGAAAGGGCGCUCGUGAGCAUCAUCUCUCAGAUAUGGACCCUCGUGUUCCUCGUCCGCCUCUACACUACCGACACCACGGAGGCCAAUCCUUGGCUAACGGCUGGGAUGAUCGGCUCCAACAUUUACCAGUCGGAUGACCGGCCGCAGUAUCGCCGGGCCAAUAGACUGUUAAUCGGCAUCACCUGCUUCAACGUCCUAUUCUAUCUGUUGGUAAAGGCUUAUUAUAUCUGGAGGAACAAGAGUAAAAAGCGGCAGUGGGAUGCCAUGUCAGAGCGAGAAAAGCGACGAUAUUUGGACGAAUCCCGAGAUGCCGGUAACAAGAGGUUAGAAUUCAUUUUCGCACACUGA